AUGGCUCAAAUUUUAGGAAUUAGAUCUUUUGAACUUUUCAUUACGAUUGUGAUAAUUUUGGUAUUCAUAUUGCAAAUCAAAGCUCAAACUCAAAGUCAACUUAAUGCGACAAGUGUAGUAAUUGUAACUAAUACUCCUUCAACAAGUUCAAAUAGUUCUGGAGAACCAUCGUUAUCAAUUGAUAAUCUAAAUCAUAAUGGUCAUAACCAAAGUGGUAUUACUCAACAAACCUUACAUGAUGUUUCACCGGCUUUACCUUUUAUAAUUAAUAAUAAAGAAGAGGAAGAAAAAGAAGUUUUAAAAAAAACAAACGAGACAGAUGUUAUUUUGAAAAUUCAAAGUGACAAAUGA